UGGGAGUAUGAAGGAGAUGGUAGGAGGCUGCUGCGUAUGUUCGGACGAGAGGGGCUGGGCCGAGAACCCGCUGGUCUACUGCGAUGGGCACGCGUGCAGCGUGGCCGUCCACCAAGCUUGCUAUGGCAUCGUCCAGGUGCCAACAGGACCCUGGUUCUGCCGGAAAUGUGAAUCUCAGGAGCGAGCGGCCAGGGUGAGAUGUGAGCUGUGCCCACACAAAGAUGGGGCAUUGAAGAGGACAGAUAAUGGAGGCUGGGCCCAUGUGGUGUGUGCCCUGUACAUCCCCGAGGUGCAGUUUGCCAACGUGCUCACCAUGGAGCCCAUCGUCCUGCAGUAUGUGCCUCAUGAUCGCUUCAACAAGACAUGUUACAUCUGUGAGGAGCAGGGCCGGGAAAGCAAGGCAGCCUCGGGAGCCUGCAUGACCUGUAACCGCCACGGGUGUCGACAGGCUUUCCAUGUCACCUGCGCCCAAAUGGCAGGCCUGCUGUGUGAGGAAGAGGUGCUGGAGGUCGACAACGUCAAGUAUUGCGGCUACUGCAAAUACCACUUCAGCAAGAUGAAGACAUCACGGCACACUGGCAGGGGGGGAGGAGGAGGAGGCACAGGGGGCAGCGGCAGCAGUGGCUUCAUUGCUGGCCGGAGAAGCCGGUCAGCCUCGCCAUCCACCCAGCCAGAGAAACACCCUACGCACCAUGAGAGGGGCCAGAAGAAGAGCCGAAAGGACAAAGAACGCCUUAAACAGAAGCACAAGAAGCGGCCUGAGUCACCCCCCAGCAUCCUCACCCUGCCUGUGGUCCCCACUGCUGACAAGGUCUCCUCCUCAGCUUCUUCCUCCUCUCACCAUGAGGCCAGUCAGGAGACCUCUGAGAGCAGCAGGGACUCAAAGGGAAAAAAGUCUUCCAGCCAUAGUUUGAGUCACAAGGGGAAGAAACUGAGCAGUGGAAAAGGUGUGAGCAGUUUUACCUCCACCUCCUCCUCUUCCUCUUCUUCUUCUUCCUCCUCCUCCUCUGGGGGGCCCUUCCAGCCUGCAGCCUCGUCCCUGCAGAGUUCCCCUGACUUCUCUGCAUUCCCCAAGCUGGAGCAGCCAGAGGAGGACAAGUACUCCAAGCCCACGGCCCCUACCCCUUCAGCCCCACCCUCUCCCUCAGCCCCUGAACCCCCCAAGGCUGACCUCUUUGAGCAGAAAGUGGUCUUCUCUGGCUUCGGACCCGUCAUGCGCUUCUCCACCACCACCUCCAGCUCAGGCCGGGCCCGGGCCCCUUCCCCUGGGGACUAUAAGUCUCCCCAUGUCUCGGGGUCCGGGCCCUCAGCAGGCACCCACAAGCGGAUGCCCACGCUGAGUGCUGCCCCUGCACCUGCCGAGGAGAUCCCUGAGACAAGCCUGAAGGAGAAGAAGCACAAAGCCAGCAAGAGGAGCCGACAUGGACCAGGCCGUCCCAAGGGCAGCCGGAACAAGGAGGGUGCUGGGGGCCCCACUGCACCCUCCCUGCCUAGUGCCCAACUGGCUGGCUUCACCGCCACAGCUGCUUCACCCUUCUCCGGAGGCUCCCUGGUCAGCUCUGGCCUGGGUGGUCUGGCCUCCCGCACCUUCAGGCCUUCUGGGAGUCUGCCCAGCCUGAGCCUGGAGUCCCCCCUGCUGGGGGCAGGCAUCUACACCAGUAAUAAGGACCCUAUCUCCCACGGUGGCGGGAUGCUGCGUGCUGUCUGCAGCACCCCUCUCUCUUCCAGCCUGCUGGGGCCCCCAGGAACCUCUGCCCUGCCCCGCCUCAGUCGCUCCCCAUUCACCAGCACCCUCCCCUCCUCUUCUGCUUCUAUCUCCACCACUCAGGUGUUUUCUCUGGCUGGCUCUACCUUUAGCCUCCCUUCUACCCACAUCUUUGGAACCCCCAUGGGCACCGUUAACCCCCUCCUCACCCAAGCCGAGAGCAGCCACACAGAGCCAGACCUAGAGGACUGCAGCUUCCGGUGUCGGGGGACCUCCCCCCAGGAGAGUCUGUCUUCCAUGUCCCCCAUCAGCAGCCUUCCGGCACUCUUCGACCAGACAGCAUCUGCGCCCUGCGGGGGUGGCCAAUUAGACCCCGCAGCCCCCGGAACGACUAACAUGGAGCAGCUGCUAGAGAAGCAGAGCGAUGGGGAGGCCGGCGUCAAUAUCGUGGAGAUGCUGAAAGCACUUCAUGCGCUGCAGAAGGAAAACCAGCGGCUGCAAGAGCAGAUACUGAGCUUGACCGCCAAGAAAGAGCGGCUGCAGAUUCUCAACGUGCAGCUCUCCGUGCCCUUCCCUGCCCUACCUGCCGCCUUGCCUGCUGCCAACGGCCCUGUCCCCGGCCCCUACGGCCUGCCUCCUCAAGCCGGCAGCAGCGACUCCUUGAGCACCAGCAAGAGCCCUCCGGGGAAGAACAGUCUCGGCCUGGACAAUUCUCUGUCCACAUCCUCUGAGGACCCACACUCAGGCUGCCCAAGCCGCAGCAGCUCGUCGCUGUCCUUCCACAGCACGCCCCCACCGCUGCCCCUGCUCCAGCAAAGCCCUGCUACUCUGCCCCUGGCCCUGCCUGGGGCCCCUGCCUCGCUCCCACCCCAGCCGCAGAAUGGGUUGGGCCAGGCAGCCGGGACAGCAGGGCUGGGGGCUGUGCCCAUGGCUGAGGGGCUGCUGGGAGGGCUGGCAGGCAGUGGGGCCCUGCCCCUCAAUGGGCUCCUGGGGGGGUUGAAUGGGGCUGCUGCCCCCAACCCUGCAGGCUUGAGCCAAGCUGGCGGGGCCCCCACGCUGCAGCUGCCAGGUUGUCUCAACAGCCUAACGGAGCAGCAGAGACACCUCCUUCAGCAGCAAGAACAGCAGCUCCAGCAGCUCCAGCAGCUCCUGGCCUCCCCGCAGCUGAGCCCGGAACACCAGACAGUUGUCUACCAGAUGAUCCAGCAGAUCCAGCAGAAGCGGGAGCUGCAGCGGCUGCAGAUGGCAGGGGGCUCCCAGCUGCCCAUGGCCAGUCUGCUGGCAGGAAGCUCGACCCCGCUGCUGUCUGCAGGCACCCCUGGCCUGUUGCCCACGGCAUCUGCACCACCCCUGCUGCCUGCCGGAGCCCUGGUGGCCCCCUCCCUAGGCAACAACACGAGCCUCAUGGCUGCAGCCGCUGCAGCCGCAGCAGUAGCAGCAGCAGGUGGACCUCCAGUCCUCACUGCCCAGACCAACCCUUUCCUCAGCCUGUCAGGGGCGGAUGGCAGUGGCGGUGGUCCCAAAGGAGGGACCGCUGACAAAGGAGCCUCAGCUAACCAGGAAAAAGGCUAAAUCCACCUAUACCCCUCCUGACCUCCCAAAUGGAGGGGGCAAUCCUGGCCUGAGGGGUCCUAGCCUGGAGCAGGCACCUGUGCCCAGACACUGGAGAGCCGUGGCCCAGCCCGUGCGCUGGAGGGCCCAGGGAGCAGUGGGCAUCCUGGUGCUGAGGACUGAGAGUGAGAGGGGAGCCCCUUGCCCACCUAGUCCCCUCCCCCUCUGCACUGGCCCCUUUGUGAGGAGCAUGGAGGGGAGGGCAGGCUCUAAGCCUGCCUAGAAACUCCCACUGUCAGCAAAUGUUUUGGGAUCUCCCUGAGAGCAAGGUGGGCUGUGGCAUUAGUGGAGGGUCAGUUCAUCCCUUCACAUAAAAUGGAUCAGCACUUGAGCUGGGAGAAAUGGGGGACAGGCUCUGGGCAGUCCCUGGUCUGGCGUGGAAGUUGACGGAAGAAGGGGUGGCCCGACCUUUCCUGCCGUUUUCUCUGCAGAUGGCAAGAAGCGGGAUCUCUUGGAUUGUUUCUUGCCACUCCUGUCCCCCCAGCAAGGGCCACAAGCUGAGCUUGUAAAAGCCUAGAGAUGUUGGGGAUGCCAAGGAAUGGGCAGGACAGCAUCAAACUCAGCCCAAGCCUCCCCACUUCUUGGGCCCCUCCCCCCCAUGAUGAGUCAGGGGAGAGCAAGUGGGGAGAAGCCCCCAUCGUCCUUGGUGCCCCUGUCCCUUGUUUGCACUAUUGGGUUUAGGAGUGCUGACGGUGGGGAGAUGGAGCUGUGACUCACAGUGUGCGUGUGUUUGUGUGCUUGUGCGUGCGUGUGCGUGUAUGUGUGUGUCUCCCCCUGGACCUAGGCCAGCCGAGGGCAGGGAUAGGAGCAGUGGUCAGAUGAGGCAGCACCAGAGUGGGGAGUUCUCAGCUCUUGUUUGCACUCUCCCCACCUCACCAACUUUGGUCCCAUUAUGGGGCACGAAUGGUUAGCAAAAACCAGAACAGUACUCCAAUAUUGGAGAGUAACUGGGGGCUGGGGGCUUCGAAUCAGGGUCACAUCCCACCUUCCCUCCCCUAGACCCCACAUGAUCUCAGUGCUCCCUCAGGGCCCCCCCUCCUCCUCCACUGAGCAUUUGGUCCAGCUUCCCUGGCACAGGGGAGCCCCAAGUAUUGGGGGAAGGGCCAGGGAGGGUAAAGUGCCCCUUCCUGUAGCAAAAGCCUCUUCCGGAAUCAGCCAGCCUGCCUUUCUGUACCCCAACCCUGCCCCACCAACCCGGGAAGAGCUUCAGCUGACCUAACUAUUCCCUCACCCACCAGCUAUUUCCCCUCGGGUAUAGUGGGCAUUUCUCACCUUAAAGAACCCCCACCUGCCCAGGGCCACCAAAGGCAAGGGGCCAGUGGGACAGGCAGGAGAGAGGCCAGGUUGAAGACUGUGUAUGUGUUUCAGUUGCACUGGGGUUGGAGCCAGGGGCGGCACUUCCGUCUUCCCUUAGCUCUUGUCUUGUCGAUCUCUUUGCAUGUGUGGUUUUUCUUUGUGUGUUUCUGUUUGGGUUUUUUUUUGUUGUUGUUGUUGUUGUUGGUUUUCUUUUUCUUUUUUUAAAUAAAGAAAAGAAGAUGUGUAUAUUUUUGGCAACGACAGAAACGUAGUGCAGAUAUAUUUUUGCCUGUGCUGCUGAACUGGUUUUUUUCUGAUACUGAAAAUAAUAUUAAUAUUCCUGUUGAUAAGACUUUGUAAUAUGCUAAGGAGCAGAUAAUGGAGGGGUUGGGGUAGGAAUCCUUCAAAGGCAGUUUCUUAGGCACUUGCAAGGGCUUAGGGAUGAAUGGCAGAUAUGACAACCUCAGACAUUCGCACUUUUUAUUAAUGGGAAAUAUCAGAAAGGAAGGAUAACAUUCAGCAUCUUAUGCAUCUUAAUCUUAACUGAGCUCUUCAACUCCCAGCACCCAAACCACUGGGGGAAAAAAACAAAAAACCUUCAG